UUUUUAAUCUUUUCGUUUUCGGCAAAGUUGUUGGCGAGUUAAUUUUGCAUUGCAAAGAAAAUAAUAAUUUGAAAAGCAAUUUAAACAAAUUAUAGUUCAGACAAAAUGUCUGUUAAUACAGCACAUACAAAUGGUGGAGUUCUUAUUCACUAUGGAGAAUACAUUCUAAUUCAUAGUGAAAACGUGAGCUUGGAUUUUGCUGGCCAGGACAACCCUAUUUUCAAGGGAACCAAAACUGGGCACAUUUACCUGACAUCCCAUAGAAUGAUCUUCAAUAGCAAGAAACAAAAUGAAGAAAUGAUGUCGUUCAGUGCUCCUUUUAUUGCUAUGAGUGAUGUGGAUAUUGAACAACCAGUUUUUGGGGCAAAUUACAUCAAAGGAAAGGUCCGAGCUCAGCCAAAUGGAAAUUUCAUUGGUGAAGUAAAAUUCAAGUUGUAUUUCAAAUCUGGUGGCGCUAUCGAAUAUGGUCAGGCUAUGUUGCGUGCCGCUUCUAUUGCUCAGCAAAAUAUGCGUAAUUCCAAUGGAAAUCCCGAUGAUCCACCACCAUACACUCCAUCGGGCGCUUGGCAUGAGGCUCCUCCACCAGCCUAUCAACCACCACCAGGCUACUACGGAUGGAUUCCACAGAAUGACGCCUUCACAGGCCCAGCACCAAAUUCGGUGUUUGUGAGCGACAAUCCGCCACCAUAUCCAGGAAUUGGUACACCGCCAACGUACCAGAAUCAUCAGAACUACCCAAGUGAGCCGCAGCAAGCUGGCGGCUACCCAGGUGGCGGCGGUGGCUAUCCCCCACAGACCGGUGGUUAUGGGGGAGCUGCUGGCUAUCCCAUGCCAGGCUAUGCUGCACCACAAGGUGCCGGUGGUUAUCCAGGUCAAGGAGGGUAUCCUCAAGGAGGAGGUGGCUAUGCACCGCCUCAAGGAGCAUACGGCCCACCGCCUUCUUAUGGUGGCUUCACUGUUCCCCAACAGCAAGGUGGCUUUCCCACCCAGCCUGGGUAUCCUCCCUACGGACAGCAGCAGCCCGGAGCAUCGGCUCCGCCACAAGGUGGAUACACCCCAGGAAUGCCAAACGGCUACCCAGGCUAUCCCGGACAGGGUGGAAGCAAUGGACCUUCCGAAGCGAUGGGAUUCUCAGCACCUCCUGCAAAUUCAAAGGAAGCUGAAGCUUUACGAAGCGCAUUCAAUACAACAGAAAACCAAAGGAAUAACCAACAACAACACCAACAACAACAACAUCCGAAUGAAAUGCCGCCACCAUCUUACGGCGACCUACCACCAACUUAUAAUUCACUAAACGGCCGAAGAAACUAUUAAAAAGCAUUCCAUUCGAUUUCAACGAUAAUUUUGUUUCCUUCUCUAUUAGAUUUUAUAUAUUUUAAUCCAAAUAAUAUCAAACUUCAAAACUUUCAUAGAAAGAACCCAAAAUAAGUAUUUGCACGAGAUGUGGGUGAAUGGGAUUUAAAUUAUUAUAAAAUAUGUAAAACAAUAAAUUUCUAACCAAUAAAAUGCAUGCAAUACAAACUAUUAAACAUAUACGACAAGAUAUAAUUAUUGUUAAAUUAAAACAGAAAAAUAUAUAAAUAAAAUACAUUUAAAAAUGUUUGAUUUUAUCUUUAAAAAUAAAUAAUUGUAAUAAAUUGUUUAAAGUAUAAAUUAAAUUGUUUCCAAUUAGAAAUUUGUCUUGAUUUUGUAUAAAUUUGAUUUUUAUUUGUUUAUUGUUGUUUUUUGUUUAUUUGUAAAAAAAUUGUUUUUCAUUUGUAAAAUCUGGAAGAUAAAUUUUUAUUAUUGUAUUGAUAAAUUAAUAAGAAUAUAAUAAAGAAUAAUUUAAUCAA